UGUCAAGGUGGAGCCAUGGAGCCAACGCCGCAGAGCUCUGACUACUUCCCCAGGAAUGGCCCUUGCCCUGUGGGCCACUACUGUGAAGCAGGGUGCCUCUCCCCAAUUCCAUGCCCUCUUGGCAGUAUUCGCAACACCACUGGAGGUGUGUCCAUGGAGAGCUGCACUGCAUGUCCUGCAGGUCACUACUGCUCCACUGAGGGUCUUGCCAACCCCAGUGGCCCCUGUGCUGCUGGUUUCUUCUGCCCUUUUGACUUUGCUUCAACCACCCCGUAUGCCUUCCUCUGUCCCAAGGGCCACUACUGUCCAGAAGGCUCUGCUCUGGCCCUGCCUUGUCCCACAGGAGAGUACCAGCCAAACCCAGGCUCAGAUAGCUGCAUCCCAUGCCGACCUGGAUUCUACUGUGAGGAGGCCAUAGUGGGAGAGCCAUGGCCAUGCCCACCACACUCAUUCUGCCCUGCAGGCACCAUGGUGCCUCAGCCCUGCCCUAAUGGGACAUACACUCAUUCAAACCAGGAAGGGCUACAAGAAGAGAGAGAGUGUUUACCAUGCCCUCCAGGAAAGUUCUGCAGGGCUGGAAGAAUCCAGGGUGUAUGUGCUGCAGGCUAUCUUUGUGUCUCUGGGAGUGCAGAUUUCACCCCUCAGGGACCAAUGUCUAACUUGACCCAGUGCCAGUGGGGCAUGCAGUGUGCUGGUCUAUGUCCACUAGGUUUCUACUGCCCUAAGGGCACAGAGAAGGCUGUGUUGUGUCCUGCAAACACUUUCAGAAGCUCCCCAGGAGGUGCCAGCCUACAAGACUGCUUAUCCUGCCCACCUCAGCAUUGGUGUAAACCUGGAGAGCUAGUCCUUCAUCUGUGUCCUGCUGGUCAUUACUGUGAUGGUGUAUCUGGCAGUGACUUCAGUGAAGUGACAGGACCCAGACCAUGUCCUCUGUACACCUAUCGAGUUUCCCCUGGAGCAGGCAGCAAGGGUGACUGCCUGCCCUGCCCUCCUGGUUCACACUGUAACAGCACAGGGCUUACAGACUAUUCCAACAGUCCCUGCCCACCUGGUUUCUGGUGCAGUGGUUCUGGACCCCCCAUCCUCUGCCCUGCAGGCACUAAGCGACCCCUUCCUGGAGCUGCUUCACCCAGCCAGUGUGAACCCUGUACAGGGGGAACCUUCUGCCCAGAUCCUUGGGCUACAGGAAAGCCCAAUGUAGAGGGGAUCCCCUGCAGGGCCUCCUAUGAAUGCCCCAUGGGUGCAGUCUCAGAGAGGCUGUGCAGAGCUGGCUCAUACUGUAGACCUCAGACUGCAGAGCCCCAAGUCUGUCCUGAAGGUUAUAUUUGUCCUGAGGGAUCCCAUUCAUACCUUAACCCCAAACAACUCUGUCCAUUUCCCUACUACUGCCCAGCCAACAGCUCUGCCAUGAAGUCCUGCGAAGGGGGUUCCAUGCCUGUCAACACCAGUGGACUCAGAGGAUCCAAAAACAGCUGCUGUAGUUUGUGUGAGGGGGGCACCUAUCGUCUGUACCUCUCCUCCAUCCUACAAUGCCUUCCAUGUCCACCAGGAUACUUUUGCCCCCCAGGUACAGAGCACUACAAAAAUAAUCCUUGCCCUCUUGGGUAUGUCUGUCUCAUGGGAUCCACUCAACCAGUACCCUGCCCCCCUGGCUCCUUUGGUAACCUCUCUCAUGCUGAAACAAUGGGCGACUGUCACCUAUGUCCAGCUGGCACCUUCAACCAUCUGCCUGCUCAGAAGGCCUGCUUUCCCUGUGGCAGCUCCUCCACCUCACUAGCAGGUUCUUCUUCUUGUACCUGUAUUGGUAAGAACCGAGCAUUCCAGCACUCGGAUGGUUCAUGUUUGUGCAGAACUGGUUUUAUCUUCUACAAUGAACUGGAUUUCAAAAGCUCUACCUCUGACAGUGAAUUGGACUGCCAGCCUGAGGCGAACAGACGGUGUUCCACAGGACAAGUACGUCUGGCAGCAUCCAGAGAGUGUGUGUCACCCCCCCUUCACUCCUGCAAUAUCACCUGUGGACCACAUGGAGGAACUCUGGAUGUGGAGAUGGGCAUCUGCCAGUGUGAGCGAUAUGUGUCUGCUGAAGAACUUUGCAACACAUCCUGCCUUUCCAGACUGCCUCAGGUCUCUGCCCAGUUCUCCCGAGAUGGACAUCUGCUGCUCAGCCUCAAAGAAAGAGACAGUAUGGUCUGGGCCAGGACCAUAAUGAAUGUCUUAGGACCAGAUAUCCAUGCAAGGAGCAUCGGUAAAAUCCAUCUACUCCAAUUUGUCUCUGAAGGAGUGUUUGGUUGGAUUCCCACACAGCGAGAGCUCAUCUAUCAGUUUCUGUCAGAACCAAUAGAACUUCUAAAUACAAGACCCAGAAAGAGGAGAGACACAGAGGAUGAUGAUAAUGCUGCCAUCGACUUUGCUGUCCUUCCCCGUAUCCCCAACCCCAUCGCCUGUCUGUCCUCCGGCGACAUGCUCAUUUUCCAUCUCACCAUCAACCACACUGACCGCCAUUUCAGCCACUUCCCAGUGUAUCAGAAAGACCACCUAUUUAACAGUAACCCCAGCUGGGACUUUGGUGCCUUCAGACGUCUGCAUUCACUCAUAACGCAGACAAACUUCAACUCUACAAGGUUUGCCCAUGUGUUUUCAGAAACAGGGAAGUAUGUGUUUGUUGAUAAUGCUGUCCCCGAGUGGAGUAUGGUGGUGGUUGUCAGUGAGGAGGGGACAGAGUGUGACCCUCGGGCCUCCGUCUUCCAGCCCAUGACCCCAGCACAGCUGGUCAAGUACGGCAUUGUCAAGCAGCACAGACUCAACCUUCUACCUGACUGGGGAGUUAUAGCAGGGAUCCUGAGUCUGCUGCUGGUUGUAGUUGUGGUUGUGACCACCACAGUGCUAGUUCUACGACCUGGCAAAGCAAAACUUGUCUCCCAGUGGAGGACUAAGCCAAAGUGGCGCAGCCUUGGGGAGCCCUUCUGUCCAGUGGAUUGUGUUUGCAGUGGAGACAGCAUAGUUGUCCCAAGCCUAGGUGGCUUCUUAGGCAGUAGGGGUGUAGGAGAGGGAGCAGAAUCUGAGGAACCCGCUGUUUCAAAAGGAGGAAGUGUGUCAGGGUGUUGUGAUUUGGAGGAGUUCAAUGUGAAGACUCUUUAUGACAAACUAGAGGAUCAGAACCUCCACAUAGCCUCACAACUGGCCCGACACCGCAAAGACACACAGGAGUUUUAUAGAAACAUCUGUCAACAGACUGAAACACUCAAGAAUGUCUUUGAGAAUAUGGAUCAUAAAAAACUUAGUCUUCUUAAAGAGCUGCUAGUCCAUAAUAAAAUGAGGGAUAAACCAUCUAACAGCACUGCAGGAGAGAGAGAUACACAAGCUGAGGCCUCUGUAGCGUUACUGGGAGCUGUUCUCAGAUCAGUGGAAGCUCUCUUAUGCAGGCUGAUAGGAGAAGGUUGGCAUAACCAGGAUGGGUCUGGUCCCCCGUACUGUCAUACUGGUCCUCAUGAUGCCAGGGAAUGUGAGCCACAAUCUGGAUACACACAACCUGGUGACACAAACAUGUGUUAUACGCAGUGUUCAUCAGUGAAUAUGACCAAAGCAGAAGCUCUUCCCCAUGAACCAGUCCAUCUACAGAGCACAGCUCCUUGUCUAAGUGACCACAACCUGUCCAAGUUGGUCUGCAUAUCUCCUCUAUUCAAGACCCUGCAAGAGAUCCAACAGUCUUUACAGGAACUUACCACAGCUGAAUCUAAUCAUCAUCUCCACCAUGCAACUACAGAGCAUUUUGUCCAGGAGAACAAUGAUGGGCAACUUAUUCCGACUGCACUGGACAACCUCUCACCUCAACACUCUGCCGUCUUCCUUUUUGGUUGCCAAGUGAUGCAGUUGCUUGCAAACUGUCCCCUGUUCCCUUGUGUGCUGCUGUUGCUCGCCAAGUCGAUUCCUGGUUCUCCAUCUUCCUCUAAUGAGGCUCUGCUGGCACAAUGCUCAAGGGACUUUUAUUUUGAUGCAACCAAUCAAAUCCUUUAUCUAUCAGAGGAAAAGCUUCAGCAUGUGGGACAUUUCAUUGCUACUCUUCUGGAGUCCAUGGCCCACAUAGCAUCAGGAUCUAAACCCCAGAGCUUUAUGCAAGCUCUCCAUGAGGCUAUUUCAGCUUUAAGCCUUCAGCUGUUCAACUUUUCUUUCAAAUGGAGCACAACAGAGUCAAAAUUUGAUGCUUCAGAGGAGCAGCAUGGUGCAUUAGUUGAUGAAUUUCUCAACAUUAGAGUUCCCACUGAAACACAGUUCACUGAGCACCUAUUAGCUAGCAGACUGGAGAAAUACAAAUAUUUCAAGUUAGAGCAGCUCAUCGCAACCCUCAAACAGAGUUCAGCUGAGGACAAACACACAGGUUUACCACCAAAAGGGACACCGAUGCAGAUGUCCUGUAUAGAGGAAGAAAUUGACAGCAUGAAUAAGUCUUUCUUGCAGCUGAGUGUGCAGCUACAAGAGCGAGCUCAAAUGAGUGCACGGCUAAAGGAGAGAGAGAACAGUGCUGGCAACCAUGCUGAGAGGGCAACACCAACAAGCAUGCCAAGCCUGAGUCGUAAUGGAACAAUCCUGCUGGAACUGAAGAGACGCCAUGUAUCACAGCGCCUCAAUGAGCUCCAAAUCACAUUAGGCCAGAUCAGACAGUGCCAGCAGCGUGACAGCAAGUCAAAAGAUGGGACAAGAGGCCAUAGUCAAACAGACAGCAGCACCACUCAGCAGGGGCAGAGGGAGCAUUAUCCUAGCAUAGAUGGCUGCAGUCCUGCUGACGGCCAGCGGCAGGACAGUGUUCCAGCUAGCCAGAGUCACAGCCAACAAACCGUAGAGAGCAAUAACUAUAAAGCUGAGAGUCAUAUUUCUGACCAGCAGAGGAGUGACACAGUCCAGAGCAACAACCCUGGCACAUUACUGGGCUGCCAGAUGCUAAAGAGCCAAGAUCAGCUGCAUCUUAAUGUCACAGGGAAGCAGGAACUAAACACUCACAUCACAAUAAAAAAUACAACUGGACAUACAGAUGUUGAUGACAUGCUGGGGCCUACUGGUCAGAAGCUGGAUCUGAAUGUAGAUAAAUGCUGAAUAAUGUGUUGUUUUUAUGCGGUUCUCUCAUCAUCACUUCUCUGUCUCCCUCCUUGUUUUGAUUUUUCAUGCUGAGCCUAAAAUAGCUUAUCUACACACAGUGUAAUAUUAUCUUGUGUUUGACGAGGUAUGAGCCGAGUGACCUCUGUCUUAAUUUGCACCAGCUUUUAAACAAUACAGCUGUGUUCUUUUUAAUUAUCUGUGAUCCCGGACAGAAAUAAUUUCUGGCAACAAGCAGCGGUGUGACACAGUCUAUCAUCUUGUUCAAAUAGUUUCUCAGUCAGGAGUUUAUACUGGUCUCUAAGACAGGCUUUGUUCAUUACCAUAUUCUAAUUAAGACAAUAAACUUCAGCUGAAUGAA